CUCGGCUCUGGGAGUGCCAUCUGGACAGACUAAUAGAGGUCUGUUUCCUUUCCAACAUGUCCGGCGUGUUCCUUCCUGGGUGAAUCUCGUGGCUGUGGAGCUCUUCGAAGCGGACAAACGUUUCCCUGCCUCUCAAGGAGCAGGAAGCCAGGCAGGGCAGCAGCUCCUCCCGGCGUCGGAGCCGUGGUCCCAUCUCUAGCUUGGUCACGGGUGAACGGCCCGUGAACGGCCCCUGCGCGGGGGCAGGGAAGGAAGUUUUGUUGCACCCGGCCGGUGUUCGGCGCCAGCCCCUCAGAGGAGCAGCUACCGCCCGCCAGCGGAUUCCUGCCCAAGAACCGCGACAGCAGCAGACAUACAAAUGGAUAUUCCACAUCUAGGAACAAAUUCACCAACUGAGUAUACCAGUCAGCAUCCACCAGUAACACCUCAAGGACCAGGGCAUACUGGCUACCCGAAGCCCAAGGGUGCAUACCCAGAAUCCCCAACUGACUACACAGUCCCACCACCCAACUAUCCAGUUGCUGUCCAACCCAGGUUUCCUAUACAAAAUCAACCAGUAUAUGAUAAUCAGCCAGAUGGACCCACAGGGGUAUCAUGGAUGCCAGCACCAUCAGCUCCACUGAACUGCCCACCGGGACUGGAAUAUCUAAGUCAGAUAGAUCAGAUUCUGAUUCACCAGCAAAUUGAACUUCUGGAAGUCUUAACGGGAUUUGAAACUAAUAACAAAUUUGAAAUUAAGAAUAGCCUUGGACAGAGGGUUUACUUUGCAGUGGAAGAUACUGGCUGUUGCACCCGAAAUUGUUGUGGACCAUGUAGGCCUUUUACCUUGAGGAUUCUUGAUAAUUUGGGCCGAGAAGUGAUAACUAUGGAGAGACCACUGAGGUGUGAUGACUGUUGUUGCCCCUGCUGCCUACAAGAGAUUGAAAUCCAAGCUCCUCCUGGUGUUCCAAUAGGGUACAUUAUUCAGAAGUGGCACCCAUAUCUGCCAAAGUACGCUGUUCAAAAUGAGAAAAGAGAGGAUGUACUGAAAAUUAUUGGUCCAUGUGUUGCAUGCAGAUGCUGUACUGAUAUUGAUUUUAAGAUUAAAUCUCUUGAUGAAGAAACUAUAGUUGGCAAGAUUACCAAGCACUGGACUGGAUUUUUGAGAGAGGCAUUCACAGAUGCUGACAACUUUGGGAUUCAAUUCCCUCUGGACCUUGAUGUGAAAAUGAAAGCUGCAAUGCUUGGUGCAUGCUUUCUCAUUGACUUCAUGUUUUUUGAAGAACUUAAGUGAAAAUAGGAAACAAAAUCAAGAGCAUGGUAGUGGAAUGAUGAGAAAGUAUCUUCAGAAAAAUUGAAAUCUAUUAUUGAGACUAUGUAAAAGAAAAUUCAGUGAUUCUUUUCUUUAUCUAGAUCACUCAUAUCUGCAAGAAUAAAGCCAUGGUGGCUUGAGCUUCAGUUGUGUUGUGAUUUUGCUUUUUCAAAUUGUAGAAUUUAUUCUCUCUCUCUCUCUCUUUUUUUUU